GUCAGGCGCGUACAGUCAGCGUGUCUGAGGUGAACUGUCAUCACAAAACAAAAGCUGUGUCUCGUAUUCGCUCCGAGUAUUUACAACUUUAGACUUUUGACACUGGUCUGCGCAGGCGUAAGAGAAAGGCGCAAUAAAAGACGAUCAAAUGAAACCCUGAAACUGAGCCAUGACUGAGAAUAUCGCUGUGUCAGUGUUGGAGCUUAUGUCUGAGCAUUAAUGGACUUUGAAUACAGACUUUGAGAGAUACAGAAAGAAAUAAACACUAACUUUAAAAGAAAACCAUGUCGACAACGGGCAGUAAGGAGCAGCCGAGGCGGUUCAUCAGCGGAGUGGUGGAAGGUUUUUAUGGGCGGCCAUGGACUAUGGAGCAAAGAACAGAGCUGUUUAAGAGAGAACAGAAGUGGGGUUUGAACACGUACCUGUAUGCCCCCAAGGAUGACUAUAAACACAGGAUGUACUGGAGGGAUCUGUACUCACCUGAGGAGGCAGAACAACUCAUCGCACUGAUUUCUGCAGCCAAACAAAACAACGUCGAUUUUGUCUAUGCAAUCUCUCCUGGCCUGGACAUUACCUUUUCCAACCCUAAAGAGGUUGCCGCCCUGAAGAGGAAGCUGGACCAGGUGAAGGAAUUUGGCUGCAGAUCCUUCUCUCUACUUUUUGAUGACAUAGAGACUGAGAUGUGUCCGGCUGAUAAGCAGGCCUUCAGCUCCUUUGCCCACGCUCAGGUGGCCAUUACUAACACAGUGUUCCAGCACCUAGGAGAACCUGAGACCUUCCUUUUCUGUCCCACAGAUUAUUGUGCUAGAUUCUGCACUCCCACUGUGACCCAGUCUUCCUACUUGCACACUGUGGGCGAAGGGUUGCUGCAUGGGAUAGACAUUCUGUGGACAGGUCCCAAAGUGGUGUCCCACAAAAUAUCAGUAGAGUCCAUAGAAGAGGUGACCUCUGUUCUGAGGAGACCACCCGUCAUCUGGGACAACAUCCAUGCAAAUGACUAUGACCCCCAAAGGCUCUUCCUCGGACCCUUUAAGGAUCGUCCCACUGAGCUGAUUGCCAAACUCAGAGGAGUCCUCACUAACCCCAACUGUGAGUUCUACCCAAACUUUGUGGCCAUUCAUACCCUGGCCACGUGGUGCAAAGCAAACACUGAUGGAGGACAAAAGGAUGUGGAAAUGGGAGAAGAGGAGCAGGACCCCAACUAUAGUCCCCAGAAAGCCCUGACCCUGGCCCUCACUGAAUGGUUGGAGGAGUUUCUGAGCACAGAUCAGCCUGGAGGUCCUUCUCUGAAGUCUCAUCUUAAGAAGGACUCCUCUGAUGAGGAGCCCAUGCAGACAGACGUGGGGGAGGGUUCCUAUGUUCCAGGACCCCAGGAGAACCCGCUGUAUACAGCAGAACCCCUGACUCUGGAGGACCUGAAGCUCCUAUCAGACCUCUUCUACCUGCCUUAUGAGCACGGGCCCACAGCAAGGACCAUGCUGCAAGAGCUGGACUGGCUCAAGAACAACAGCGCAGCUGCUGCUGCUGCAGAGACAGACAAUAUGGUGGAGUGGUGCAGAAGAGCGCAGCAGUUUGAUGACAUGUGUGAAGCAGUGGUGAAGAUGUUCAAUCGUUUGUCCAACGCUCCGAAUCGAAGCAUCUUGUAUGACCUUUACAACUACAUCUGUGACAUCAAGAGUGGGGUCGAUAUGGCUCGGGCUUAUGUUAAAUCACUGGGAGGACAGGGUCGACCCUCGAACCAGCUCAUGAGCAACGAUCCUGAACCAUGGCGCUUCAGAGGAGGCCUCUCCGGGGAGUUCCAGAGAAUGCUGCCGUGCCAUGGAAACAGAGACCUGUUCAGACAUCCACCCAUGACGGCGGUCUACUGCAUGCGGCCAUACUGCCCAGCAGAUAAGGUGGAGGUGGAGAAAAUUUUCAGGGAGAUGCAGAGGGACCAGAUGGUGCAACCUCCACUGAUCUGUGACAACUUGUCAGCAGGUGACAUUUCUCCAUCUCCUCAGUGUGCUCUCGUUCUGGAGGAUGAUAUCGGGAUGUGUGGUUACGCCCUGGCACUAACUGAUGCCAAACCAGCUGCAGCCAAGAUUCAGAGGGCAUUAGAGGACUCAGUGUUGAAGGACUACCCCUCCCUGAUCACCAUACAAGUGCUGCCCCGGGUCACUGAUCCAUCUCCAACCAAGCAUAUGAUUGGUCGGCUGUUGUCCUCCAUCAGGAGCAGCGGUGCUAAGGGAGCAUUUUGUGAGUUGAGGCACAGUGAUCGGAGGAUGCUUGACUUUUUCAACAAACUGGGCUCUUUUAAACCGAUCAAGACAGCAGGACUACCUCAGGACAUCAUUGCCAUGGGAACCAGCCUGUGAACUAGAU